AACCGUAGAAGAUUUUCGUUUCGUCUUUGAACUGUGGUAGUUUUUCUCUGGUUAUGUUGAGCACAGCUGCGAAUUUCUGGUUGACUUUCAGGCAACAUGCUUCCUCACGUCCAGAUUUCAUGUCCAAUUCAAAUAAUGUUCCGAGUUGCAAUCGCCUUGAUGCAAAAUUUAAUUGAAGGUGAUCAACGUUAAAGGCAACAUAGCCCAAAGAAAACGACAACGACCGUCAAACACAAUUGUCAAACACCAAAAUUGUCAGCACCACAUUGUCAAAAUGGAUUUGGAACUAGGAGGAAACAAAGAGGAAAAGGAGAAGAUCAAGAAGGAGUCUAUGGGUAUGCUUCAGCUCUCGAAAAAACUUCAUGCUGAAGGUGAUACCGGUGAACGGUCGAGGAAAGGUAGCUUCCAUAAGGAGAAACCGCUAGUAAAUUGCGACAAAAACUACGUAGAAGUCGUAACCGAUUUAACUGAAAAAUCUGCCAAGAUGCCUAAGCAGAUCGUACAGCACAAACCUCUGAUAGAAAUAGGCAGGGAUCAGCUGCAGUUGCUGUUCGAACAGGUGGACAAAAUGAAGGUAGGCCUGCAUAGACUACAGGAGAUAGCCUUCAAGUUCAAUCAAGGGGACAGUUUCAAGAAGAACGUUGACUUGCUGACGAAACAUCUGAAGCCGGAUACGGAGAAGAAAGAUGUGGAACCCGCCAAAAAAACAUAAGUUCUGGAAUCAGGUCCAAAUUGUACGUUUUUUGAAUGUUAUUUGUUAGGUGGGCAAUAAACAAUAUUUGGCUAAAA